UUUUCUCGAAGGCAGCUGUAGGACAUACUAAUCUGGGGUCCUUACCAACGCUCACAUUUUCAAGAUGGCUGCCUCCAUCUCAGGAUUAUUAAAACCUUGGACACCCAGAGUGUUCCUGGUGAGAUGGAGCAGAUACAACCCUUACUAUCUGGAGCCAGACUUCAACAAGGAGACCUACAGCCGACCAGAGGCGGAGCUGAGCGCCGAGGAGAAGGAGCAGCGUGAGCUCAAACUGCUCAGACCCAUCAAGGCGGCUACGGGCGGAGCGACCAGCUCAGUGUUCAACGACCCAGUCAUAAGUAAAUUCAUCAACAUGAUUAUGAAACACGGAGACAAGGUUUUGGCCAGAGAGAUCAUGACGCAGACAUUAGAGCACAUAAAGAGGAAGCAGGUGGAGAAAUACCACAAAUCUCCUGAGGAGAAGAAACACGAGAUCGAGUGCAACCCGUACACCAUUUUUCACCAGGCUCUGGAGAACUGUAAGCCUGUUGUUGGGCUGGCCAGCGUGCAGAAAGGUGGAAAGUAUUACCAGGUGCCCAUCCCGCUUUCAGACAACCGACGGCGCUAUCUCGUUAUGAAGUGGAUAAUCACAGAGUGCCGGGAAAACAAACACAGGCGCACGAAAAUGUAUGAAAAACUGUCCCAGGAGCUGCAGGCGGCCUUCAUCAAGGAGGGCAACAUUGUCAAGAAGAAGCAUGAGCUGCACAAGAUGGCCGAAUCCAACAGAGCCUAUGCCCACUACCGCUGGUGGUAGCAGGAAAAAAACAGUUUGAAAAUGUUUCCGCGGAGCGACAUCUUGGGACAGACGUUACGUCGGUUGCAAAGAGUCAAAGCUCUAUUGUAAAUAUUGAACAACAUGGAAAAAUGCUCUUGGUGAAGGACUGUUUGUCUGAGGAGUGAAAUGCGUGUUAAAGGAAACCGAAGUCGCCGUCGCUUUUUGUAUUCAAAAACUUUCAUCAUGUACGACACGUUGCAGUGUUUAAAUGUACUUGUGACUAAUGCACAUUCAACACAAACCGAAUAAAGAACCUUCCAAACGUU